UGUGACGUCACUGCCGGCUGGGCGCCAUCUUGCUAGAUUGCGACCGGCCUCGGACUCGGGGUUGGUGGUGGUGGUGAGGGCGUGGGGAAGGGUGGGGUGUGGGGGCGAGGCGGCGACGAGGGCGGCGACACUCUCCUACUCUCAGCUCCACGGCGUAGGACGGCGCGAACGUGGUUUCGGAGGGAUGUCCGCCUUCUCUGAGGCGGCGCUGGAGAAGAAGCUGUCCGAGUUGAGCAACUCGCAGCAGAGCGUGCAGACCCUGUCCCUGUGGCUCAUCCACCAUCGCAAACACUCGCGGCCCAUCGUCACGGUGUGGGAGCGGGAGCUACGCAAAGCCAAACCCAACAGGAAGCUUACUUUUCUCUACUUGGCCAAUGAUGUCAUUCAAAACAGCAAAAGGAAGGGGCCAGAGUUCACAAAAGAUUUUGCACCAGUAAUAGUGGAGGCAUUCAAGCAUGUUUCAAGUGAAACUGAUGAAAGCUGUAAGAAGCACCUUGGGAGAGUGUUAUCUAUUUGGGAAGAACGAUCUGUGUAUGAAAACGAUGUAUUAGAGCAACUUAAGCAUGCUUUGUAUGGAGAUAAGAAGACGAGGAAGAGGACUUAUGACCAAAUAAAGGUGGAUGAGAAUGAAAACUGUUCCUCUCUAGGGUCCCCAAGUGAGCCACCACAGACUCUCGACCUUGUUAGAGCAUUACAAGAUUUAGAAAAUGCAGCCUCGGGUGAUGCAGCAGUCCAUCAAAGGAUAGCUUCUUUGCCGGUUGAAGUUCAAGAAGUAUCCCUGCUUGAGAAAAUAACAGAUAAAGAAUCUGGAGAAAGGCUUUCUAAAAUGGUAGAAGAUGCUUGUAUGCUGCUUGCAGAUUAUAAUGGCAGACUGGCGGCAGAAAUAGAUGAUAGAAAGCAACUCACUCGAAUGUUAGCAGAUUUUCUUCGUUGUCAAAAGGAAGCCCUUGCAGAGAAAGAGCAUAAGUUGGAAGAAUACAAGCGCAAGUUAGCCCGAGUGUCCCUGGUCCGCAAAGAACUCAGAGCCCGGAUCCAGAGCCUGCCAGAUUUAUCUCGUUUGCCCAAUGUCACUGGCAGCCACAUGCACCUGCCCUUUGCUGGGGACAUCUACAGUGAAGACUGAUGGCCAGUCUCCUCCAGGGCCAGGACUUUGGCAGACGUGGAGACAGUAUCUAAUCACUGUACACUGUCUAAUUCCUAAUGAGAAGAACUGAUCAGGAGCUGAUGUGAGACUGUUUAUGGGAUCAUUAGGACUUGAUUGUAGAAGAGACUAAGUGUUUCAACUCCAUCUUACUCUUGCCACCCAAAUGCUGGUUCUAUGUGUCCUCAUGCCUUUUGAGUUUUAACACUAGACAUGGAUGCCGUGUGCAGGGCCAACUUAAAGUCUAGAGAACGUUUCCCUGGUAGCACUCUAGUGGUUCAUCCCAAAUGCCAUCCCAGAAUAAAAGGCCUGUUAGAGAGAGACUCCCUUGAUCACACUGUUUAGAACUAAGUGCAUUUAGUGCUUUAAGAAUGUUGUAAGUUCUGACGUCCUACCAAGAGGACAGCUUCAGCUCUUCAGCUGACUGCUUCUGUCAGGUCAGUCUUCUCACAUCAGACCCCUUCAAGCAGCACCAGCUGUGGGGGGAAAGGCAGCAUCAGACAGUGACAUGCUUAAUCCCUGUCCGUGUAAUGUAAACAGCAGCUCUCCUCUUGAUUAUCUCAACAACUCAGUAUCCAUAAUGUUCAAUUAAGUAGCCCGGGACAUUUUAUUUCCAUACAGUUUUUGAAUGACUAUAUAUUUUGGAAUUAAGCAAUGCUGUAAUACAGGGUAGAUCUGGUGAAUUUUAUAUUUGUAUGUUUACAGAUGUAAAUACACAGCAAAUGUACCUUUACCUUUACUUGAACCUGGUGUGUUAGAGCAGGUGCAUGCUCUUCAGCUUUCUUUUAAGUUACAUUGUGAACCUGCAGGUUUGUGUUUCAUAACGACAGGGGGAUAUUGUUCUCCUUUAUUGCUUUGCAUUUCUCAUGUAAUCGGAGUCAAAGUAAAUAGUUAAUAGAACACCUUUUAAAUUUCACAGGCCAAUUAUACUCACUACUCUGAAUGGCUUCACUGUUUCUUUCUCAGUAUUAGAGGUUGUGGUUGAAAUGAAUUUACAUGUGAAGAAAUGACAGGUGAUUUAUCUUUUGUUCUUUUGGGAACAGUGCUUUAAACACUGGCCCCUCUCCAAACAGUUAUAUGUGUGGCAUCACCCCUUCCCCUGCAUGUCCUAUCUUCCAGUGAUGGAGACAACUUUUGGGAGUUAGGACACAUUUCCUCACAGAACCUACAGCCGUCCUCUGUGCACUGCUGAAGCUCAACUGGGAGCUGAAACCACUUGACCCGGGAUACACUUGUAGUGUGGCUGACAGGUGGUUCGUGCACAUCCUGAGCAGCAUUUGUCUGUCACAGUGAGGGGUUUGUGUGCAGCAGUCAGACCCUCACACUGGGUUGUCUGCCAGUGCUGCUAUCUUUUCCUUAGGGUAGGGAUCGGAGAAAAGAUUCAGCAAAGGAGAUGUACAUUACACACCCUGAUUAUGCCUGUUUUGAAAGUAUGCCAAGUAAGUUAGUUUUUGUUGUUGUUGAUGUUUUUGAAAGCAAAGGCUUUGUAUGUUAACUUAUUUUCAGUAUCUUGAAUUUAUUUAUGAUUUGCUGACACAGUGAUUUAUCCAUCUAAAAUAGAUACUUUUCCAUUUAAAACUAAUUUAUAAAUGGUAUACUCUUGGGAAGAUAUAAACUCUUUUAGAAGUUUCCUGAAUAUUUUCACCAUGAAGACAGACUUAGAUACUCUUUUGAUGCCACUAUCUGAUCUAAAUAUUUAUGAUAAAAUGUAUUAUUUUUUUAAAGAGUGUAAUGAGAUCUGUGAUAAAUGCUUGUACUCAAAACCUGAAUCCCCCAAACCUCAAGUUGUUGGUUAGCUCACUAACUGAACACAAACUGUUGAAUCUGUUCUAGAAGUAAGUUUUUCAGCCUUAAGGUAGUUAACAUGGUAAGCCUCAUGAGAUUGGCUUAACCCAGGCGUGGUGGUUACAUGCCUUUAAUUUCAGUACUUGGGAGGCAGAGGUAGGAAGAUCUCUGUGAGUUCAAGGCCAGUCUGUUGUAUCGAAUGAGAACCAUGCCAUUAGUUACAUGGUGAGUGAGACCCUGCGUUAAGAAAAAGGAAGGAAGGAAGGAAGGAAGGAAGGAAGGAAGGAAGGAAGGAAGGAAGGAAGGAAGGAAGGAAGGAAGGAAGG